AUGGUGAAGUUAGACCGUCGUCUUCUUUUAACAGAUUACCCGUUAAUCAAUGGGGAUAGCACAAACGAUUCUUCUUCCGACGCAUCAGAGGAAGCCAAUUUCGAUGCCGACAUGGUGGUAAUGUUGGCUGCUUUGUUGUGCGCUUUAGUAUCGGCUCUUUUAUUAAAUUCAGUCAUUCACGUAUACUUAAGACGUAGACGAGAGUCCAUGGAAGCAACCACAAAUGCGCAACAAGCCAAUGGGCUUGAGAAACGCGCAUUAAAGAAAAUUCCAGUGUCAGUUUUCAAGUUGAGAGUCAGUGGCGUCACUUCUGGCACCACUGAGUGCACAAUCUGCCUUGGAGAGUUUGCAAAUGGAGAGAAGAUCAGAGUGUUGCCAGAAUGUAAUCACGAGUUUCAUGUCAAGUGUGUAGAUAAGUGGCUAAAGGAACAUACAUCAUGCCCAAAUUGUAGACGGUCUUUGAUUCCACUUAAUAAGGUUGUCGAUGGUGUAGACCGAACAUCUGGUAGGUACGAACGAGGUAGUAUAGCUGCGGUUUAA